UGCUCUUAGGCACGAAGAUUCUGGAGGAUCGAGAGGAAACUGGUUGGUUGAUUAGGGUGCUUGCAUAUUCAUACGGCUCACCCGCAGCAUUACAAAACCCGUACGACCCAAACGCGUGCACCCACACAUCCCGUCCACGCCUACAAGCCAUCCCUCGCCGAUGCUUUUGCGACGCCGGCUUUUCCAACAAUACCACCAAUCCGGGCUUGCCCUGAUCCCUCCCACCCCUUUCUGGAUUUUCUGCACCCUAGCGACCCGUCAAACGUUCUGGCAGAUUUGACAUCUGCAGCCACCAGCUGCUCGCGUGUCGCUUCGCGUGUCGCUUACUGGUCCCGGACCUCGACCCCUCUUCUUGACUACCUAUGCGCUUAUAUGGGCUGUCUUGCGAUCUUCCUCCUCCAGAUCAGGAAAACCUCAAACGUCUUCAACCUUGAAUUUUCGCUCUGAGUCUCUGCUCCAAAGCUUUGCUUGACUCUACGGUCUAGCUCACAGUUUAAGCCGCAUAUCACACAAAUUCAGUCGCUACGGACCAGCACCCGGCGGCUAAGUUUGCUCCCUACGCUGUCCUAGCUGUCCUCGCCAUUACGCAUGCAUUUCUCCCCCUCGAGACAAGCGCGGCAGAGAUGACCGAUCAGAUGAAUCCCGACGCGUUCGGUGUAGGCCAUAUCGAGCCAGACACUCCUAGCGACGGUUCAACUAUUGAGGACGAUAGACAGUCUUUAUUUUCGGAUGCGGACUCGGCUCUCGGAUCUGACAUGUCACUCUUCUCCUCGACCGCUUCUCUCAGGUCAUCCAUCUUGAGAAGCAUGGAGGAGAAUGGCCGUAAAUACCAUGGUUACAAGGAGGGGAAAUAUGUACUCCCCGUCGACGAAGUUAGUCUGGCCGAGUCCGAUCUCUGGAUGCCCCCGUUUAUCUGGCCAUCCAUACUGACUUUGAGCAGCGAGAACUUGACAGGCAGAUAUUCCAGUACGACCUGUGUCUCUUGACCUUUGACAACCACCUCUCGUUUGCACCCUUCACAAAGCUGAACAGGGUGCUGGAUGUUGGAUGUGGUGUCGGUUACUGGGCAUUGGAUUUCGCUGAGAUGCAUCCCGAGGCCCAGGUGAUUGGCGUUGACCUAUCGCCCCCUCCGAAUGUCCAGUUCGAGAUCGAUGACCUCGAGGAACCGUGGAACUUCAGCUACCCGUUCGAUUACGUCCACGCCAUGAUGAUGACCGGGGCCUUCAGGGACUGGCCAACUUUUUACCAGCAAGCCCAUGAAAGCCUUGUCUCGGAUGGCUGGGUCGAGAUCCAGGAUAUCCAGUUCCCUUUGCACUGCGACGAUAAUACACUGCCGGCCGACGGCGCACUGCGGAGAUGGAGUAACUUGAUGGUGGAGGCGGGCGAUAAGUCCGGAUUCUUACUCACAACCUGCGAGCGGGCAGGUGACAUGAUGCAUGAGGUAGGCUUUGUCGACAUAGUGCGGAUACCCUACAAGUGGCCCAUCAACGAGUGGCCGCGGGAGGCGAAGUGGAAGGAGGUCGGGCGGCGCACGGCCAUCAACUUCAGGGAUGGCAUGGAGGGGAUCAUGAUGGCGCUGUUCACGCGCUUCAUGGGCUGGUCCAAGGAGCAGGUCGAGGAGUUCUCGCAACAGGUCGACCGCGAGUGGCAGGAUACCAGGAUUCAUGCCUAUUUCAACCUGUGGGUGACGUAUGGGAGGAAGGCAUAA